AUGUCUGCAGAUUUUGGCCACGCCAAAGUGUUGCUUCCAACUUGCCAACGUGUUCGUCACACGUGGCACGUCCGCGACGCCAGAAGUGCAGUGGCAAAUGUGAAAGGUUGUGCGGAAGAGCAUUAUGAAUCUGUCCUCGCUACUCGCUAUUGUAGACGCAGCCCACUAAUCGAAAUACUUUCUGAAAAGAACAAAACAAUUUUAUGGCGACAGUUGUGGAUCUGGUUGGCAGAAGCGGAGCUUGAACUCGGUUUGAAACAGAUAACACCGGAAGCCAUAGCUCAAAUGAAGGAAAUGCGGGAUAAUAUCGAUUGGCCGAAAAUCCGUGAAGAAGAACGGAGACUGAAACAUGACGUCAUGGCACACAAUCAUGCAUUUGGAGCUGUCUGUCCUCUUGCGGCUGGAAUAAUUCACCUUGGAGCCACUUCUUGCUAUGUACAAGAUAAUGCCGAUCUUAUCGUCAUUCGUGAUUCAGUGAGGCAUUUGCUUUGUAAAGCUGCUACAGUACUUGAUCGCAUUGCUGCGUUCGCUGAUCGCGAGAAGUCCCAUGUCACCGUUGGACGUACACAUUACCAAACCGCUUCUUUAGUCACGAUUGGUAAAAGGGCUGCAUUAUGGGCACAGGAACUGCUUAUGGCUUUCAAACAGCUCGAGCAUUUCCAUGACAGCAUGAAAUUCCGAGGAAUCAAGGGAGCCACGGGUACUCAGGAUUCCUUUUUAACACUGUUUGGUGGGGACGAGGAAAAGGUCGAAGCUCUUGACGAGAUGAUCACCGAAAAAGCAGGUUUCGCUCACAAGUUUUCCAUUUCUGGGCAGACUUACUCAAGGCAGCAGGAUGUUUAUCUGAUCUUCGCUCUAUCUGCUAUCGGUUCAUCUGUGAAGAAGAUCUGUACUGACAUCAGAGUAUUGCAGGCUAUGGGUGAGCUUCUGGAACCAUUUGAAAAGGAUCAGAUCGGCUCGUCUGCCAUGCCUUAUAAGAAGAAUCCGAUGAAAAGUGAACGUUGUUGUUCUUUAGCGCGUAAGCUCAUUCAUAUGCCACAGGAAGCGCUAAGCAUACUGGGUGACCAAGGUUUGGAACGCACCUUGGACGACUCUGCUGGCCGUCGAAUGCUGUUACCAGAUGCUUUGCUUACAGCUGAAGCAGUGCUAACCACUUUGCAGAAUGUUUUCGAAGGUCUAACCGUGCAAACGGAAAACGUGGCUCGUGUAGUUCGAGAGGAGUUACCUUUCCUCGGACUAGAGAAGGCGAUGAUGUGGUUGACCGAAGAAGGUGUUGACAGACAACAGGCGCACGCUGUCAUCCGUGCGACCGCGCUUGAGGCGAAGAGACGCCAGGCCACUGAGGUUAUUCAUAUGGAAGACAUACUACGUGAUCCAUUCUUUGAUUCGGUGCGUGAACGGGUUAUGGUCCUAGUAAAUCAACCCAUCACUUUCACUGGCCGUUGUGAAUCUCAAACUGUGCGUUUUCUCACUGAAGAGCUUCGCCCGGCUAUAGCUCCAUACUUUGACACGGAAGCUGCGAACGUUCAACUAGACGUUUGAACAGGCUUAGCUUUAAUAUGUAUUUGAUAGUAGCAGGAUUUUGUCAUUUUAGCUACAGAAAUAUGUCGACAAACUUUUAUAAUAAUUUGUCAGGUGUUUCCGUUGCUCAUUUGCUAUGAAAGUGCUUACUUUUUUUCCUAUAAAAGUUUUAAGUG